AGUAAAUAACAAAAGUUGCCCAUAGCAGGCGGCUGUAUCUAGGCCUAUCCCACACUUGUUUUGCCAGCUGUUUGCUGCUUAUAUACUUUAUACUAAUGGCAGCUUAUGUCUUUUAUUAAUAGUUGAUACUUAUUAUGAAUGGACGGUGACGAACAAGACUGCAUUAUUCAUUUACCUUUACGUGUUUAAUGGACUACGUACAAUUCAUGUGAACAAAUGACAAUCAAUAUCACAUCCAGACCGUAAUGAUUAUAGACUGAGGGCCAGUUAUGUACAAGAGGUAUCUGUCAGGUGAUGGGCCUAGUCCUCGAAAAGAGCCUGGAGAAUCCAAAUUGCAAGAGACACUGCAGAAGAAGGUCACUCAGUCUGAGGAAGAUAAUGUGAGAAGCACCGUUACGAAAUGCUGGGACAGAGCAGAAGAACUGAAGGUGUCGACAACUCCGAGUUCUGAUGACACAACAGGUCUGUCUUCAUGGAAAACAAUACGGGUCUUUGUUUCUUCGACGUUUACCGAUUUCUUCAACGAACGAGAAAUUCUCGUCAAAAAGGUGUUUCCCGAGCUGCGAGAAUGGUGUGCGGAACGCUCUCUUUAUUUUGUGGAGUGUGACCUUCGCUGGGGUGUGCCCAAGGACUCGACGACCUCUGACACAAUUUGCACCUGCAUGGAGGAGAUUGAUCGAUGCCAUUCAGAAAAUGAGGGCACACCUUUCUUCGUCAACCUCACUGGCGAAAGAUAUGGCUGGAUUCCCACAGAAGAUGAAGUCCCGUCAGAUGUCCGUCAGCAGUAUGACUGGAUCAACGACACCUCCAUCACCUUCAUGGAAAUAAUGCAUGGAGCCUACAGAAAACAGAACCCAAAUGCGGUCUUUUUCCUCCGGAAUGGCGACUUCUGUAGAGAUCUCCCAGAGGAAUACCAGCCAAGAUUUGUAGAUCCGGAGCCGGUCAAAAAGGAACAUCUGAGGGUCCUUAAACAGAAGCUCAGAGCCAGGUUUCCAGAACAGGUAUUUCAGUACUCCUGUCAAGUGGAAGGCGUGUCCGAUGAGUCUGGGAGACAGAGGGUGAAGCUAAAAGGAUUAGAAGACUUUGCUGAAAAGGCGAAAGAUUUUCUACAGAAGGCCAUUAUGCGUACUUACCCUGAUCAGAAAGCAGUCAAAAAUCCAGACCCAGAGGUACAAGAGAUGGAGAACCAGCGUCUAUAUAUGGAGAAAAAGUCGGAGUUUGUCGCUGGCCGAGAGGAUCUUCUGAAGAUGAUGCUGAGCUAUGCCAAGGGUGACCCUUUGGACGGUGUGCAGUUAUCAGAUGGAGAGAACAAAUCUUUCGUCAGGGAUCCUGUUUACUGGGGAGUAGAAAAGGGAGAUAACCCUGUCCUUUGCCUGAGUGGGCCUGUGGGCUACGGCAAGUCCACAGUGAUGGCAAAACUCGUGCAGAACGCCCUGAAGUCUGGAAUCCCUGUGAUCUACCACUUUGUGGGAUGUUCCUCGGACAGCAGACUGACCGAGAAAAUGUAUCGACGAAUCAUCAAGUCCAUCACAGGGGAGACAUUAGAUGACAUGCCUCCGGAGCAACAGGAUUGUAUGCAGUUUUACAAGGACAAGUUCCGUGACUGUCUGCCUCUACUGAGAGAAGAUGGCAAGGAUACACUACUGAUCAUAGAUGCCAUAAAUGAGUUAGUAGACUACAACGCAUACAAUCACCUGUCAUGGCUGCCCCCAAUGCUCCCUGGGAAGGUUCGGUGUAUAGUUAGUACAGCAGACACCCAUUCCCCAACCGUACACCGACUCCAGGAACAUCCCUGUUACCAUGCCAACAUGACUCCCCUGUCGACCGUAGAUGCUCGCCUCAUCAUCACCCAUAGACUAGCCAGAUUUAAUAAGACACUUGCUCCAGAUGAGAUAGACCAGGUUCUAUCCCAGUCCUGUGUACACAAUCCUCUCUGGGUGUGGCUACUCACUGAGGAACUGCGCAUGUUUGGAGACUUUCGGACGUUGUCUACCAAGAUUAAGAGUGUUUCCGACUCCGUCACCAGUCUUCUUUCCUCUAUCAUCAAACGACUCAUCACUGAUGAUGAAACAGGAUACAUGGAGAAGGCUCUUUGUAUGAUUGCGUGUUCACGAGGCGGGGUACCAACACGUGACCUCACAAAUCUCCUUGGUGACGUCGACCAGAAGGAGUCACUUCCUGCUUUGUACCUGGCCAAGAUACGACGCCUCCUCAAGCCCUACGUUAGGACAGUAGGCACUCGGGAAUUUCUCACCUUCAGCCACUCGGCCAUACACCAAGCUGUAGAGGAAACCCUGUUGACCUCUAGAGAUACGAUCAAGGCUUACCACAGCACCAUGGCAGAAUAUUACCUGACGUGGAGUACAGACAAAUACGUCAACCUGGAGACUGUCCCGUACCACUGUACACAGGCAGGACUCAAGAGCAGACUCGUCGACUUUCUACGCAAAUCUCCGGAUUCUAUAAAUAUGCCAGACUUUGUCAGAGCCAAGUACCUACAGGACCUUCGUUGCAAGAACCUUGCUGACCCAGUUUUACCUAACAUCAUGGAUGUUGUUAUCUGCAUGGCUUGCUCCAUGAAGAAAUCCUCCUUUGGCCCCCGAUUUUACAACAAAACAUCCUGUGUUGUCUGCGGGUCACAGGUAUUUGACAGCCAGCUCCGGAAAAACACUGCUACGGCUCACUACUGUGGUUUCCACUCCGUAGGACACAGCCCAAGGAUGGGAAAGUGCCAUGUUUGUAGUAAUGUUGUCGGAAAAGAUCCCGACGGAAAACAGAAAUUCGGAACGGUGUGCGGACAAUUAUGUAAUAGAUGUAGCUUUGGAAAUGAUGCCAAAAAAUGUUGUAUGAUCUUAGCCGAUUAGCCAUGUAAAUGUAUGGUUGUUUAUAUAUAGACGUUUAAUGGUGUGAUAAUAUAUAUAAAGAAGCGUAUUUAUUUCAUUGGCCGCUUGCUUAAACAAUCAACUGUGAUCAUAGUUGUACUUGUAGUGAGCAGGUUGAAAAGGUAGUCCGAUUUCUUGCCCAGUUUUCUAAUAGAAGACGAAGAUCGAAUGUCCGCAGUAUACAUUAAGUGUAUUCUUUGUCCCACACUUAACGAAUUCCCAUUCCUGCCAUAAGUAUCGCAUAAAAGCAAAAAGAGAAAAUUGAAAGACUACCGAAGUGUCAACUAACCAGUAAUUCGAACUCAACUGUUGUGGUCCAAUCAGUCUUGUUAAUUAUCAAUUUAAAAUAAAAACAAAAUCUUUUUAGUCUCUUUUCGUCAAAAGCUUAUGAACUGGAACCCAUUCUAAGACCCUGUUCUUACAAAUCCAUUCCUAUGCCAAGGACACAUAGCAAUUUGAGAAUGAAACACAGAAUGUGCGAAAUUCUCAAAAUAUGUCUACAAUAAUAAACUAGCCAGUAAGGAAUAAUGAAGUGUUGUUACUUGAAAAAGUAUAUGUAAAUGAGGUUAAUGUAUUUUCAAAGGCCCCCUCUAAGGAGUCAAACCUGGGACUUCUGGUUUACUAGUCUUACGCUCUACCGAAUGAGAAAUUUGCGGUAUCCAGGUCGCUAGUAUUUUACAGGAGUGACAUACUCCCUCUCCAGGAAUGAACUCGUCCAGACUUUUCCAGGGGUCAUAGUGAUUCUUGUGAAAGUACUGCUGAGCAUAGUUUUUUAAUGCCUCCACUAGGAGACAAACAUGGGACCUCUGGUUUACUGAUCUUAUGCUCCACUGGAUGAGCUGAAGAGAUAUUCUACCUUGGCAAGAUGGUAGGAGGCGACUAGUAGUUUCCCUGGGUGACGUGUAGUUGGUAUUUGAUUGGAUGCUGUUUAAGUUCAGUAUAUAUUUCAUUUGAAUUCCUACAUCUUAUGGUCGUUUGAUUUUUGUCUCGCCGCCACGAACUGGAAGUGAGACUUAGGUGUUGCUUUUCUGGCGAAGGUGGUGGCAUCAACAUUAACUUUUUGCGUAUAAGUUAGUUUCUCUGAUAUAAUAAGUGCUACACCAACCAAACUUGGACCAUAGAUGCAUCUUAGGUAGUACAUCUCAACCCAUGCAUCAGAUGCUGGAUACGGCCUUCCUUUCAUGCUCCAUUGACUUUGUCAGCAUCUCCAUCAGCAUUAAGUUUUUUGCAUUUAGGUUAGUUUCUCUGAUAUGUGCAUCGAUGGUCAAAGCGGGACCUAGGCGAGACAUAUCAAUCCGAAUGGCUUGUCCUAACUUGUGAUAGCAGGAAAAGUGAUAUUUUAUACUGCGUAUAUAUUUUUGUGUAUACAAAAUUAUACAUGUUCAUCAGUUUUUUAAGGUUUUGUAUCGUAUGAUAUAUUUCAAAGGUUAAUGUUUAUAUAGCCUUGAAUUUUACAAGAUUGAUUUUCUUAAAUAAGAUUCUGUCCAUCCUUUGGAUAUUUUGUCAUGUCAGCCCCCACCCCCUAUUUUUGGAGAAAAAUAAUUGACAUGCCAGUACUACCAAUUGCCUGUGUAUAAAUGCAUUUGUUAAUCUCCCAUAGUAUUUUAUCCUUCCCACCAUAUGCUUUGCAUGAAUUGUCUGUAACCACAUCCAGAGGACAAGAAAUACAAGGGAUAUAUAUCAAAGACGGUUUUGUUUUUUUAACGAAUGUAUGAAAUUAGUUUUUUUUGCAUUCCAUGUUUUGAUUAGAGUGGUUUAUAAACAUAAAUGUUCAGAUCAAUGUUGAUCUGAUUGUAUCAGUAGACUUUGUCAUAUAUUUCCAUUUGUUCUAAUAGUGAUUUUUUUUUGUUCACGUAAUUGUAUUUGUAUUUUAAUUACGAUAUUGUCUUUUGUA